UCCGACACCACAGUUCUCGGGCAGCAGUCAGUUCCUGGGUGACGUCUGCUGCGCUACCAUCAGUUCUCCUCUCACGCCAUUAUAGCCCCCAAUAAUAUAUAUAUUACUACAACUUUGGUGGGAGAUGUGUUUUAACAAGAAGAGUAGACGGUCCUCUAAGAGUUCAAGGUGAGAGUGGUGGCUCAAUAUGCGGAAUCACCUUCCGGGAGCGGACCAUUCCCCUGGGCCGUUCCCUCGGCCUCGUCACCAAGAACCUGCAGUUGGAAACAUUCUUUGUAGUGAUUCACCCUUAGCACGAGGUGGAAAGCUGGUCUCGUCGUGCCCCUGGGCCAAGUAGGGCACAAGUGCUGGCCAAUAUGCAUGCCCUGGGUGGUCAAGGGAAAAAACAGUGGAAAGAAUCCUCGAAUAUCGCCCACAGCAGGAACUUGACCGAUACUGAUAGUGAGCAAGGGUCGGGGGAUUCAUGUGACACAUCUGAAGACGAAUAUGAGGUAAAGGUAAGUGGACAACAAGCAGACUACUCCCACUAUACUAUUACUGAGGACCAAGAGGACCACUACCAACAGCCACACUCUGAGAGAAGUAAAAAGAAUUCUGCUCAAGGUCAGUCUGUUGAAGGGUUAAAACAAAGUGACAGUGGUGCUUGUGAAAACGAGGAGGGUAUGCCAGGUGACGGACAUUAUCGUAUUCACAUUACUGUUGAAAAUAAAGAAUCCGAAAUAAGUGAUGUAGAAAGUGAGGACCAGGAUGAGAGUGAUGAAGAUGACGAUGAUGAUGAUAGUGAGAGUGAUGAAACAGAGAGCACAGUGCGAGCGAGACCAGGUGCAAUUACUGGAAACGUGGAGGCCUUGGGUGAGGGAGGCAAGACGUGUGAGGAAGACCACAAUGACACACUCAGUACUGUUAGCGGAGACCUUAGCUUCGAUGACCGAGAUACGGUGUCACCACCUCGCGACCAGGAUGUUGGGGCUGUCUUAUUAGGUGUGCGUCUGAUUCUCGGGGCUCACCUAGCACGACUGUUCCCCCACCCACCACCACGCCUGCUCUUGACAAUUUCCAGGAUGUGCAGAAGAUCGUGGAGGAGCCAAGCAUGACGUCGGUAAGACUUGCCCCUGAAGGGAAUGGUGCGCUACUCAGCGUGAGGGUUUCCGGGCUGGUGUUUUGCCUCAGCGGCUAUCCUAGGCAAGAUUCUAAAGAAACCCAUGAUUCCUCUUCAUGUCUCGAACCUUUAACGCAAAAGUCCUGCUCAGCCAAAUUACAGCACACUGUUACCUCUACUGAAUUUCAAGAUACUAUCUCUGAAAUAGUUGAGGCUAAACAUGGCAUUGAGCGAAGUAAAGAGAAGGUGAAACACUCAAGUGGACCGGUGCAGACGUAGCGGGACCAAGUUGGCUACAGCAGAGAUGAUCUACCUCCAGCCUUCCCAGAAUCGUCGUCCCCAGUGUUCACAAAGUCUCCUUCAUAAAGAAAUGGGUGCUCACUCUCGCGUGACUCAAUUACGUGAUACUUGGGACCCCAGGACACACAAGGAUCUUCCUAUUUCGAACUGUGAGGCCACUACGGGCAAUCACCACCCUCAGUCUAUGUCUUUAAACCAGGUCCAUGGUAGUGUGGGGGAGGUCCAGCGUCAAGCUCUCCACCAGGAAUCGCAGCAGGUCCCUGGUGACGGGUUAAGCAGCAUCUGUGUAUCCCAUCACAGCACAAGUACUAGCAGUGUGGGAGAGGUGUGCAAUUCACUUGUACAAUGAGCGGCCUCAGGUACUCCACCACCAACACCAGUCACGGCAUCAUCUUCUGUCUCAACAACAACAAUUAAAGUAUCAACUUAGUACAAACCAUCAACAACAGGAUAUUCGACGACAAAACCUGCGAGUGUUUACCAACAAUAGGAAGGACACCGGCGGCGAGGGCAGCAGCAACACACGUGAAGCAUCAGUAUCUGGGAAUGAGGACUUUGAAUGGGUGCGAGCUUCCCCAAUGUUGACUGGCCUUCUGGAAGGCCAUGUCACACGCCUGGCCACUCCUCCAGACCACCGUGUUCACUCCACAAGAUCCAGUUUGGCCACACCCCCAGAAUCUAGUGAGGAGGGCAGUGGAGGGCCAGCACACCGCCAUCGCCAGUAUAACCGCCCUCCUCCAGUACCCCGACCUCGAACACUUGAAGCGGGAGACUUAGUUCCUCACAGACCAAUAAGAGAUGCCCUCAGAGAUGGGCUUCGAGACUCUAGGGAUGGGAUUCAAGAUCGUCUGUAUUCCCCAUCACGAGAUCUGACUGGCCAUAGACGAUCCCGAGAUUCGUCAGUAGAGCGGAGUGGGAGAGAUUCUUCUUGCGAACGGGGAUCUGUUUCGAGCCUUCAUCAGCACGGUCACCAUCACCAUCACAUCACUUCCCACCUCCCUCAAAAUGGGUGUGAGUGCCCCUCUUACUGGUGUGAUGAUGAAGAACCAGGUUAUGAUUCCUGUGAUGAACGUCAUCACCACCAUCGUCACAGUUACCACGAAGGUCUUCACCAUGCCCACUUGCAUCAACUUAAGACUCAUCAUCAUCAGCAGUCUGUACGUGAACGACGGAAUAGGGGCCAGGGGUCUGGUGACAGUGGAAGGUCAUCACCAUGCUGUUGUAGACACUGUCAUCAUCUUGGUUCAUUAAGUUCACUCUCGAGUCAUGACUUCUGCACCAACAACCGCCUAGCUCUGCCGUGCACAACCAAGGUGGGUGGAGUCCUCCUCACCCCCCAGGGGAGCCGCCGACACCGUCGCCUCGACUCAGACUACAUCACAUUGUGGAGCUGCCAUUCCCCGCCGGGUGGCUCUCUUGAGGACCGUGUCAUCCGACUGGAGGGAGACAAGGAUUCUCUGCAGCUUCAGGUGACAGUCCUCAGUGAACAAGUUGAGGCACAAACAGAGAAAAUAUUAGACUUGGAGAACUUACUAGAGCAGAAAAAAGAACAAUUGCAAAAGACUGAGGAACAGUUACAGAAGGAAUUGAUGACAAGGUCGAGCUUAGAGACGCAGCGUCUAGAACUAUUUAGCGAAAUUAGUAAUUUGAAGCUUCAUCAAACAGCGUACGAACGAGAAAAUAUUGAUCUUCGAGAAAAGAUUCGACGGUCAGAUCAGCAGUCAGAUCAUGUCAAAGCACAGCUUGCAGCCCAGCUGACCAACUACUCCUCACCAAGUAGCAUCUCUACCCUGUCCACUAUCCCAGCCUCCUCACCCAACAAGUCCCCCACUCAACCCAUCACUGCUACACCUGCUUCAUCACCAGUAUCCCCGCAUGAAGCUAAGUUCAUGCCUCCAAGGACCCCCCCACCAAAUGCCAGACGAAAAAUUGAUCAGUUUGGCACAGUACCCCGCCAGCGAGAAGCAGGAGUCUAUGGAGAAAACAAUCAUGGGACAUCGGCUGCAGGACGAGCUAAGGGCGUCAUGUUCGGUAAAGGAUUUCACUUCCUUCCAUUCCGUGUGGCGGGAAAACGGAGCACUUCAGCCCCUAAUUUAGCAGAGACAGAAAUGCAGAUGAUAGAUGACCUUCCUGAGGGGGAGUACUACCAACAAGGAGAUGGGGCCAUUACAUCUAUAUCAUCCUCCCCAAGGAGUAACACACUCACUGGCCACAGGUCCCCACCCACACACCACAAAGCUACAGGCAUCAAGAAGAUUUUUACCAGGUUACGGCGUAGUAGUUCAGGCCAUCUUGACAGUGAUUUGGGCGAAGGAGAUUUCCGACGAGGAGGAAUGAGAGCCACAGCUUCAGCGCGCCUUGGAUGGACAUCGCCCAGCACUGCCUUUAAUGAGCCAAGUGCUGGCUUCGUCGGGUGGAACAUUGAAACUAUGGAAGCAUGGUUAGGUGCACUUGGGUUGAAUCAGUACUGCUCAGCUGUCCGUGCUUGGUCAUCAUCAGGUCAUCACCUGUCUCGAGCCACACCACAACAACUGGAGCGAGAACUUGGUAUUCGUCAUCCAUUGCAUCGAAAGAAAUUACAGUUAGCAGUUGCAGCAAGAUUAUCUGGGGACCAACUUAACACUCCACUUGCUCGAUUGGACCAUUCCUGGGUACUGCGUUGGCUGGAUGAUGUUGGCCUACCACAAUAUAAAGAUGCUUUCAGUGAAGCUCGUAUUGAUGGGAGAGUUCUCAACUGUUUGACAUAUGAUGAUUUGUCUUUUCUGCGCCUCUCAAACCUCUUACAUGUGACAUCUCUCAAAAGAGGUAUUCAGGUGUUGAGAGAACACAACUUUGAUCCCUCUGUGCUGAAGCGACGUUCAGUGCCAGAUGAGGGUCAAAGAACUAGAACAGCAGCUGAAGUUGCACUGUGGACAAACCAUCGGGUCAUGGAAUGGCUAAGAACUGUUGACCUCUCAGAAUAUGCUCCCAAUCUAAGAGGCUCAGGUGUCCAUGGAGCACUUAUGGUUUAUGAAGUGCGCUUCACUUCUGAGCUUCUUGCAUCGCUUCUCUCAAUUCCAUGUGGUAAAACACUUCUCAGACGACACCUCAACACUCAUUUCAAGGAGCUUGUUGGCCGUUCUGUGGUCCAAGAGAAAAGAGAAUUAGAGGCUGCAUCAGGUUACACUCCACUCUCCACCUCAGCUAAAGUCAAGAUGCCCAAAAAAUCGCAGUUUUCUCUCAAGCGCAAGAAAUCUAAAUCUGACUUAGAGUUUGAUGACUUGCUGUGUCCUCUGGAUGAAAAACCCCCAGUUGGUGCAAUGCAAGACAAGAAAAGGGAGGUGAGGACAGGGGAAGUGGAGGAGAUAAAUUCUCUGAUGAUUGAGGAGGAGGUGAAGAAAAAAUUAGGCACACAAGUGGCAGAGGAGCAUCUGCAACGAGCAUCUGGCCGUCCUAUGAUUGGUCGCAUCACUUAUAGUUGGGAGUCUCCACCAGAUGUUGGGCCCCACCCACUAGUCUCCGACCUGCCUGCAGUUCCCAACAGUGCCUAUUGAUUGACACAAUAGCUCGGAUACUUUCAUCUAAGUCAGAAACAUUAGCUUUUAAGCCUGUGUACUCAAGAGAAAGAGAGAGAGACUAAUUAUAUGUUACACUGCUUGAAAUAUAAAUCAUGGUUUAUGAAUUACAGUUUGGUGAAGUUGUGAUGUGUCUUUUACUUAUUGAUCAUAGCUUGAAAUUUUUAAUUUAUGAAUCUUUUAUGUUGGAGACAAGAGGUAUAUAUAUAUAUAU